AUGCCGGUGAUCUCGUUUGGUCUGGGUACAUGGCAGGUCAAGAGAUUGAAAUGGAAACAGGAUCUGAUUGCACGAGCCGAGAACAGUCUGGCUCUGCCAACACUGCCGCUGCCGCCAGUGGUGAACCCGAGUAUUGCGGAUAAAGAGUUUGAUUUCCGAAGAGUCACUGUUACUGGAACGUUCCGACACGACCAGGAAAUGCUCGUGGCACCUAGAUUAUAUGAAGGUGAAGACGGAUACUAUGUUCUGACUCCGUUAGAACGGAAGAAUGGGUCGAAACUGCUGAUAUUCCGAGGCUGGAUUGCCAAGAGAUUUAAAGAACAAUCAUCGCGACCAGAAUCACUUGUUCAGGGCGAGCAGACUAUUGAGUGUAUGUUGAGACAAAAACCUGCCAAGAAUUUUUUCACACCACCUGAUGAGCCAGAGAAGGGCAACUAUUACUUCAUGAGUAUUGACGACAUGGCUGCCAGUACCGGAAGUCAACCUGUAUAUAUCCAAGCACUUGAGAACCUGACAUACGACGGUCGCGAAGUGUACCCCGAGAUUCUCGUUCGUCGAGGAAUUCCUAUUGGCAAGCCUCCUAAAGUGGAGUUCCGCAACACCCAUUUCCAGUACAUCGUCACCUGGUACGGGCUGUCGGCACUCACCACGGCCAUGCUCUUCAUCCUGUUCAAACAGCGCCAGGCGCCCAAAUUCAGCACCAGCUCGAAACUGGCCCACGCUCGCAGUCUCGAUCGAUAG